CACAAUUUCACCGAUUCCCAAUUUGUCAAUUUUUAAGAAUCGUAAACAGACGAAGAAUAUUUUCCCAGUGACCCUGUAAGUCGUAAACUGGAGCAAUUGCAGCUAAUUCUUGGAAACCCCAUAUUGUCAAUGGCAGAGUGAAUUUAACUAUUUUUUCAGGGUUUUAUUUGCAGUUUUCUUUUCAGCUUGAGACUUGAAUGUUUACAUGCAAAGGUCGUUGAUUGGCUUAUUUCAUUGGAGUAUCUAAGUUCAGACAUUAAGGGUGUCCUAGCCAAAGUUAUUCUGACUGAGAAAUUUCUCCAUUCAAUAUUUUGGUAUUAGAGCUGAUGACCCUUUCAAAAAUGUCCAAAAUUCCAGAUUCUUGGUAUAGUGUACAAUGUAAGCUUCUUGGUGAUUAAGACAAUGUGGGUUUAGCUAAUUAAGUUAAAGGCUAUCAAAAGAGCAACGGCAGACACAAGAAUUAAUCUGAAGUGAAGCCAUGGAAACACUUCCUCAGCUCCCUGAAGACAUUAUUGUCAACAUACUGUCCAGGCUGCCUGUCAAAUAUCUGAUACAACUCAAGUGUGUAUCCAAGCCAUGGUUGUCUUUGAUCUCUGAUCCUCAGUUUGCCAAAUUACACCUUGCACAGUCAAAGAAGAAAAGCAUCAGCCAGAGGGUACUUCUCAUCACUGUACCUCUUGAAUCAGCAGCCUGUGAAGCUUCUGGUGAUGAUCUUGAUGAUGAAAGCAAACUAAUAUUUGAGCUUGAGUAUCCCGUAGCAAUGAAGAAGACUCCUGACUCUGAUGAAUUGGUGGGUUGGCUUGAUUUAGGAGGAUCUUGUGAUGGCUUGAUAUGUGUAGUCUUUGAGCAUGAACGCAUCUUCUUGUGGAAUCCAACAAUUAGAGAAGCCUUGGAAUUGGCAAAGCUCCGUCCUUUUGAUCGAUGUGGUAUGUUUUCUUACGGUCUUGGUUAUAAUUCCUCAACUGAUGAUUAUAAAGUAGUUAGAGUUGCUCGCCCUAUAUUCACUGUUGCUUCUAAUGAAACUGAAGUUGAAGUUCUGGAAUUGAAAACUAACAUCUGGCGAAGGAUUCAGGGUCUCCAAUCUGGCAUAGAAAUAGAAGGAGAAGGGAUUUUUCUCCAUGGAGCAUUGCAUUGGUUAGCAUCAAGACAAACUGGUCCGAAAAAAAUUUACAUAAUUGUUGCAUUUCACAUGAUAGAAGAGAAAUUCUAUGAACUGGUGCCAAUACCAGAUAAUAUCAAAGAGACAAAACAUGAUUUGCUGAUUUUGGGGAUUUCAGGAGAUUGCUUAUGUCUGUUCGAUGGGUGCAGUUAUGAAACUGUUUUGGAGGCAUGGCAGUUGAAGGAAUAUGGCGUCAAGUCCUCAUGGACUAGGUUGUUCAGUGUUCAUAGAGAAACUUUGCAUGGACCAGGUUGUUCAGUACAAUACUGGGAGUACGCAUUAUGCUAUACAAAAACUGGUAAAGUUGUAAUAGAUUAUGAUGGGAGGGAAUUAGUCUGGUAUGAUCCAAAGGAAAAGACAUCAAAAACUUUUACACCAUGCAAUGACCGGGAUUGUUUUCUGCCAGCUAUCUAUAUUGAAAGCCUGGUUUCACCACAUUGUUGUUAUGCUACCAAUAGACACAAUGACAAGGAUGUUUGAGGCAUAACAGACCUAUUGUGUGGCUUGGACAUCACAUCUUAAGCAAGGGAAACCUAUCAUGGAGAGGUUAACAGGUGGGGGCAAUGCCUGCUCUGAUAUAUGUAGAAGUUUUUCUUGUUCAAGCAUGAAUAAGUAGCUAUGAUUUUGAAUUUUCUUUUGUCUGAUGGUAGCGUCUUAAUUUGAUACAAGCUGCAAAUUAUCUAUUUUGAAACCUUCUCUUAAUGUUUAGAACCAAAAUUAUUAGAAGUCAGUUGGCUUGAUUGUACUGAAUUUUACAUUUUGAACCUAUAGAGUACUUUUGUGGUCAAUGGAUUGAUUAAGCUGUAAAUUAACAAGCUUGUAUCCAGAGUACAAACAUCCUAUUCAACCCACUUUUUUGUACAAAAAAAAAAGAAGAGCUGUAUUUCAGAUUUCAUAAGAUGUACAGAGUCAAAUAAGAAUCUGUAAUCAGACUGAUUUGAGGAAUCAAAUGAAAAAAAAAAAAAAAAAGACACAAACUAAACGAAGACAAAUGUGUUUCUGCAAUCUGCAAAACAG